ACGUAAACAUGGCCUUGCUCAGCAGACGAGUCGCGUUGAGUCUCUUUCGGAAUUAUUUAAAUUUAGCGUCUCCACAGUCUUAUCUUCUUCCAACAUGUACUCAGGUUCAACAUAUGAAUUAUGCCAAACCAGCAAUGCCCAAGAUGAAAGGAAAAGCAAAGCUUGGUCCAGCUGUUGAGAAAGUGCGUCUUCCAGUAGAGACAGACCCAGUGAAGUUAGCAAACUUUGUCUGUGGAUCAGACCCAGUAAAGGAAAAUCCACAAGACAUCCAGUUGAAAGACGAUUCUGAAUACCCAGAUUGGCUGUGGACUCUAAGGACAGGUGAACCACCCCCUCUGAGGGAAAUGGACCCCAACACAAAGCAGUACUGGAGGAGAUUACGAACAAUGGCCAUGAAAGAAAAGAAUCUGCUCAGGAAAACAGGAAAGCGAUAGAGAGACCGCUGGAAUUACUUGAAAAGGCUGAAAUUUUUAACAACUGCUGUUCUAGUGAAAAUUUGAAUCUGUACAUAAUUUUUUCUUGUUUGGUUUUGUAUAAAGAAAUAAAUAGAUAAAAGAUGAAAA